AUGAGCAGAGCGAUGCUGGAGACACACGGUCAGGCUUUGUUUGUAGUCCCAAAGAUGGUGAAAGUCCCCCCUUCCUGGGCUCUUUCAGUCUUCAACUCCUCUGUUCUUCAGGGUGUCCAUCACAGUAGCCAUUCCGUUUCCUUAGUCCUCCAACAUCUCCUUCACUCCAGCAUGGUAUCGGAUGCGCAGUCGCUUCUUCAGCGGGUACUUUCUAAUCGAAUCUCUUCACCUUUCUUCUCUGUUUCAUCUCUCCUCCAGUAUUUAACACAACCCAGCUUGAAUUCAACCUCAUCAGUUAGUGCCCUUGUAUAUGAGUCCAUUGUCAAUGCCCAUGUUCAUUCCCAGUUAACAGAUGAUGCUCUGUUCUACUUCAAUCAAAUGCUUGAGAGAGGCCUUGCUCCUGGAGCCGUGACAUUCAAUAACCUGUUGGGUUGUCUUGUUAAGGCAGGCUGUUAUGAAAGGUCCUGGAAUUUUUUCCAAGGAGUGAAAGGGAGGGUUGAAACUGAUGUGUACAGUUUUGGGAUAAUGGUGAAAGGUUGUUGCGAGUCUGGUGAUUUAGAUAGAGCUUUUAAGGUUAUGGCCCAGUUGGAGGAGAUGGGUCUAUCUCCAAAUGUUGUUAUAUACACUACUUUAAUUGACGGCUGUGGUAAGAAGGGUGAUAUUGAAAGGGCAAAAUUGCUGUUCAAUAAAAUGUGGGAGUUGGGUUUGGCUGCUAAUGAGUAUACUUACACUGCUUUGAUUAAUGGACUCUUUAAGAAAGGACUCAGAAGAGAUGGGUUUAAGUUGUACGAGAAGAUGCAGCUGAGUGGAGUGCUUCCUAAUCUCUAUACCUAUAAUUGCUUGAUUAAUGAGUACUGCAAUGAAGGGAAAAUGGACAGAGCUUCUGCUAUGUUUGAAGAAAUGUGUGAAGGUGGCAUUGUGGCUAACGUGGUUUCAUACAAUAUUCUUAUUGGUGGGAUGUGUGGAUUUUGUAGCACGAGAAUGUUUGACAAGGCUUUGAGUUGGUUAGAUGAAAUGCAGUUGAAUGGGCUAUCGCCAUCGUUGGUUACCUACAAUGUUCUUAUUCAGGGGUAUUCUAGUGCUGGUAAUUUAGGGAGAGUGACUGCUUUGGUCCGGGAGAUGGAAGACAGAGGUUUCACUCCUUCUGCGGUGACAUAUACAAUCUUAAUUAAUACUUAUGUGAAGUCUGGGGAUAUGGAGAAAGCAUUUCAACUUUUGUCCUCUUUGAAGAAUGCUGGUUUGGUUCCUGAUGCCUACACUUACGGAGUGUUGAUAAAUGGAUUCUGCAAAAGUGGGAACAUGAAAGAUGCUGCAAAAGUAUUUAGAUCCAUGAGAGAAAUACCGUUGGAGCCUAGUGAUGUAAUAUACAACACAAUGAUUAAUGGAUACUGCAAUGAAGGUAGCUCCUACAGGGCCUUGAGGUUGCUUGAGGAAAUGGAGGGUAAAGGAUUAGUUCCAAAUGUGGCUAGUUAUAACUCUACCAUUGCAGUCUUGUGUAAGGAUGGGAAAUGCCAACAUGCAGAAGUGUUAUUGAACAGUAUGAUUGGCGGCAAGCUGCUGCUAAGUGCUAAGGAAGGACAGAUGAGCAGGUUCCACUCAGAUAUGUUAAAGGACAACUCGGACAGGGUCAUAAAACUCAAACAUGGCGCUGGGAGUUCUGAUUUGUCUAACUGUUGGGGUAAGCUGAAAGUUAAGAAGGGAUGCAGGCCAAAUGCAUUAAGCAGUAACACGUCGGAAUGGGAUUGCUAAUUCAAACUUGAGGAGGAUGUGCACAAAUGCUUAGUAGGUGAUUUCACGGUUUCAGGUUCCAACUGAACAACCAGUGGGCUUUUGCUUAUAAACGUCGUGGGUGCGAGGAAUGAGAGUAGGAAAUGGACAGUUCGAAGGCUGAAUCAGUCACAGAGUCCCAGUGACAGACUCCCAUCACGAGGUAAACUGCAGGUGCACCAGCUUUGACAAUCUCUGGUAUGAACAUAGAACAAGUUUGACAGAUCAGUAAGUCUGAGCAUCGCAACUGUAGCUCAACAAAUGGUCGGUUUUGAUGGUAAUGGCGAUGUAGAACAAGUAUAAUAUUGGUUUUACAAUUUCUUAGAUGUAGAUCACCUAAUCUAUUUGCUGUUGUAUUUCUGUUUUCUCUUCCUUUUCCCUCACUUAUAUAAUAAACCACCUUGUUGUCCUUGUUUCAGCCAAUUCUACCAGACUACUGGAAG